AUGUCCAAAGUCAGUACGAUCCGUGAAGCACAAAAGCAUAGAAGAGAGCGCAAUAUCCAAGUAGAGCUCGAGUGUGUCCUUAUUGCACUUCUCUCUCACAAAUACUCCUUUGUCAUCUCCCGUCCCCAAAAAAAGUCCCGCCUCACUUUAGAAUUUGUCAAAAUCAAAACCAUCAUCAGAACAGACGAACCAGACUUCGCUUUUGACGUUCAGAAACACUUGAAAGCACGAAGCAUGAAAUGGGCAAAUAUAAUGUACGGGGACGGCGUCGCUAAACUAACAGCUACACGUCGGUCAAUGUUAAUGAAACGAAACGACGUAGUUCACUUGUUAGAGGAUCUACUGUUCGAAGACAACAUAACAACGUUUUGUCAAAAAGAAAACAGAGAAGGUAUUGUAGGGAGUGUUGCCAUAAACUUUUACAAUGAAUUUUUGCUCCCACACGAAGAGAUAUCAAAGACAGGAAAUGCAAUAUGGAAUUACUUUAUGCAAAGACUUGAGUCGACUCUCCAGACCACCAUUGAAAGUGGAAAUCUCGACAAAUUUAUGCCCUGUUUUGUGUUUGAAAAUUAG